AUGUUUGAUUGGAUAAACCCAUGGAUGUUACCUUUGGGCUUCUUCUUCUUCAUUUGCUCCACAAUCGGAGUUAUCGGAAAUACGAUUAUGAUUUAUUGUACGGUGAAGACGAAGAGAUUUCGAUCACCCUGUCAUAUUUUGAUUUGUGCCACGUGCCUGGCUGAUUUACUGCAUGUUUUGGGGCAAUUUCCGUUUUGUGUGCAUCUUUUUGGGAAUCGUGAGUUAUUUUGACUGCGUACCUUGAUUAGAUACUCAGCCAACCCAAAAUAUGACUUGUUUAGUAUCAAAAUAUCGCAUUUUCCGAUUUCCAGUCACCUCCACCCAAGCCCAAUGCUACUACAUGCUCAUCAUUCCGAUCAUCGGCUUCACCACCGGCGGUCCCCUGAUCCUUUCGAUGGGCAUAGAUCGUAUCAUCGCCGUCAAAUUUCCCACGCGCUACAGAUAUUAUCAGGAGGAGCCCAAGAGCUAUAUUAUUGCACAAUUGUCGUUUCCGGUGCUCUACGCGAUUUUUUUCAUUGGUUAUGGAUUUGUUUUGAGGGAUACUAGUGUGAAGAAGUGAGUUUGGGGUUAGGUUUAGGCUUAGGCCAGGUUAAGGUUGGGCUUAGGCUUUGGGCUCAGCCUCAAGCUUAUGUUAGGCUGUCUCAGGCUUAGCCUCAGGCUCAGGCUUAAAAUACCUUGAGCUCAGGCUUAGGCUACCUUAGGCUUAGGAUACCUUGAGCUUAGGCUUCAGCUAUUUUGAACUUGGGAUACCGUAGGCUUAGGAUACCUUAUAGGCUAAACCUUCGGCUAUCUUUUAGGCUUAGGCUCAAGCUUAAGCUAACUUAGGCUUAGGUUAUCUUAGGCUAAGGCUAACUUAGGCUCAGGCUAUUUUAGGCUUAAGCUAUUUUAAGCUUAGGCUAAGGAUACCUUGAGCUUAGGCUUAGGAUACCUUGUUGAGCUUAGGCUUAGGCUAUUUUAAACUUGGGACACCCCAGGCUUAGGAGAAGUUAGGCUUAGGGAAAAGCUUAGGCUUAAGCCUAGGCUAUCUUAGGCUUAGGUUUAGGAUACCUCGAGCUUAGGCUAUCUUAGGCUUAGGCUUAGGCUUAGGCUACCUUAGGCUUAGGCUAAACCUUAGGCUACCAUAGGCUUAGGUUUAGGAUACCUCGAGCUUAGGCUAUCUUAGGCUUAGGCUAAAUCUUAGGCUACCUUAGGCUUAGGCUAAACUUGGCUACCAUAGGCUUAGGCCCAACCUUCGGCCAUCCAAACUCCAACAUUCCAGUCAAAUCACCUGCUCGAACCCACUCAGCCUAAACGGCACCUCCUUCCAAGUCUACACCUACACCGGAGCCCUCAUCUACAUUUUGGUAUUCUUCAUCUACCUCUCCGUCUACCUGAUGCUCAAAUCCAACAAAGCCAGCGCUCGCUUCAAAAACGUGUUUCGCUCCAUAAUGGUCACCGUGGGUUUUGUACUCUUCGGUUGGGUCUCGACCACCGUGGCUAAUACGUUGAGCUACGCGGUGACGGAUAAUGAGCUCACAGCGGUGCUCAUUCAAAUGUACGCGGGGAUUACGGUGAAUAUUGCGGCGGCGUCGAAUGUUUUCGUGUUUUUCGCCAUCAACACGGAGUAUCGCGAGGUGAUUAGUGUGAUCGUCGGGCUGAAAGCCAGGGUGAACAGUCAAGUUAUGGAGGCGUCGAGUACGACGGGAGGAGCGUUGAGUAAGAAAGGAUCGAUUCCGAAUAAUAAUACCGUAUCUACUAAUACUAAUGCCAGGAGAAUGACUUUGGUUACUGUUUAA